AUGGAUCGUGAUUCAGCCUUACCGAGUUUCCAAUCCCAAAUCCGCAAGACCGUAACAGGCUUGACUCACACUCAUCCUCACCAAAAUGGAGAGCCGAACGAAAACACAUCUCUAUUAAGAGGCAACGGUCACUCCGUCCAAAAUGGCUCCGCUCAUCAGAACGGACACGGUGGUGGGGCUUGGGAAUUCUUUUUCGAUUCGCAGCACACGCCCGGCACUGAGAACCCGAAGCCAUGGGUCAAGUAUCCGGCCCAUACGUGGCACAUCACCAAAGCUACUUUAUUGAGCAGUCCCGUCAACAUCCUUCUCGUCGCAGUGCCAAUUGGUAUUAUUGCUGGUCAAGCCGGUUGGGAUCCAGUUGCCGUAUUCGUCAUUAAUUUUUUCGCCAUUAUUCCGCUAGCUGCCGUACUCUCAUAUGCGACGGAGGAAAUAUCAGUAAACCUAGGCGAGGCUCUAGGUGGCCUGCUCAAUGCCACUUUCGGCAAUGCUGUGGAGUUGAUUGUUAGCAUUAUCGCAUUAAGAGAUAGACAGAUCGAGAUCGUUAAGUCGUCUAUGAUUGGUUCGAUCCUAUCCAAUCUACUCCUUGUUCUGGGAGCAGUCUUUCCAGACGAUUACUGCUCAAACGACAGCUUCCUCAUGACCCUAUCUGCUGCUUCUAUGAUCCUGCCUGGCACUUUAUUUAUGAUCAUAAAUGGAACCGGCGGAGACGAUACGAAUGAACGCAAUAAAAUCGUACUGUCACUUUCUCGCGGCACCGCUAUCAUCCUGCUAGUUCUUUACGUGCUAUACCUAUGGUUUCAGCUGAGAACACACCACAAACUAUUCAGUGCCGAAGCGGCAGUUGUACAGGAGCCCUCUCAGAACGGAAUCCAUCUUCCUGCCGAGGCCGCGGCCGAAAACAUCCGGCCGGCAGUAGCUCAGGGGCACGAAGAAGAAUCAGAAGAGGAGGAGGUGCAUAUGAGCCCAUGGUCCGCCGGUGCGGUCUUAAUUGUCACAACUGUUCUGGUCGCUAUCUGUGCGGAUUAUCUAGUCGAGAGUAUAGAUUCUCUAGUGGAGCGUGCCCAUAUCAGUCGCAGCUUUAUUGGUCUUAUUCUAAUUCCUAUCGUGGGUAACGCGGCGGAGCAUGUUACUGCCGUCGUGGUGGCAGUUAAGAACAAGAUGGACCUUGCUAUGGGAGUUGCUAUUGGUUCUAGCAUCCAGAUUGCUCUGUUCGUGACACCAUUCCUUGUUGUUCUCGGUUGGAUCAUGGACAGAGAUAUGGACUUGCACUUUGAGACUUUUGAAACGGUCUCGUUUGCGCUGGCUGUGCUGGUCGUAAUCUACACGGUCCAAGACGGAAAAUCCAACUACCUCGAAGGCGCAAUGUUAAUGGCCCUCUACGUCAUCAUUGCCCUGGCUUUCUUUGUCACUCCCAGCCAGUACUUCAACACCGAUUGGGUCGUCGGUAAGCUUGGUGGUCUAGUCAGCUCAACAUGA